GGUGGGGAUGCAACACCCGUGAUUUUCCGGCUAUAUAAAGGCAGAUGCACCGUGGAUCCUUGGUAUCACGUAUCGGUCGUUGUUUAAGGACGAAGGGACAGAAAAGUCCAGUUCGCACGAGAAAGUUCUUGCCAUGAAGACGAUCCUCAUCUUCGUGACAGCGAUAGUGGGAGCUCUCGCUGCGCCCCAGUUGAAUCCAAAUGAAAUCACGAUAGUAAAACAGGAGGAGCAAAACAAUAUUGGAGUAGGUGGAUAUCACUUUAGUUACGAACAGAGCGAUGGCCAAAAGAGGGAAGAAACUGCGGAAUUGAAAAACGAAGGUACUGACGAUGAAUCCCUUGAUGUUACCGGUAGCUUCUCCUUCACAGCGCCAGAUGGUCACACUUAUAGGGUUGAUUACACCGCUGACAAGGAUGGAUUCCACCCCACUAUUAAUCUCGUUUCGAAAUAGGAAAACCUAAGAAUUGAAGUUCCGCGCUAUCCUUAUCUAGGGCUUUCCGAUCAUCGACACAAGCUAGUAUAAGUGUAUUAAAGUAAUCGUAUACGUACCUUAAAAUCGCAUGGCACGCGAUUCACUGUUCACAAGCGUGAUCAUUCUCGAAAGUAUUGAUCGUCGGUUCGAAGCAAUCAGUUCAUUUUCUUCGGCAUUAUGUACUUAUCAUUUACUGUUCACGUUUAUUAACAUUGAAAUUAUAACUUGAGAUGACAAUAACAGCGAUCAAAGAGGACGCACGAAAUCGAAUGAAUGUUCGAUGUUAUAAUGGAAUUUGACAAAAGUUUAAAAAGAGUGAAUUUAAAAGAAAAUUAAUUUAUUAUUAACAUUACAAAUUCUACAAAAAAAUUGUAUAGUACGGCAAUGUAUGUUCUGAUUGCAUUUGUGAAACGCGUGCCACUGUAUAAACAAGUUAUUUUAAAUAGUUCUGAGGAACUAUUGGUAAACAUUUUGAACGAGAGGCGUUAGAAGUUCCAUUCACGACCUGUUUUGGAAGAGGCGACGACGAAGCGCUCAUUUACACGCUUUAGAAUUCGUGUGAAAAUGAGUAAUCUUUUUGUACCCUUACUGUAUGUAUGUAACAGAACACCAAUUGUGCAAAUAAAUAUAUACAUAAAUUAA